GCAUUCUUCAUUCUUCAUCUUGACGCCGUCGCUGAAUGCGCCAUUCCCAGAACUCGAGACACGAGCGUAAAGUUCUGGACAACUCAUCUGUGACUGGCCUACAAUGUCUUCUAAUCCCGCAAACCUCCUGAACCCUACGCUCAAAAGUGAACCAUCACAGCAGUCCUCAGACACGGACGGAACGCGACACAACAACGCGCCAGACGCCGAAGUGAACAACACAGCAUACGAUGCCGCAGACGCUCUCGCUAGCAAUUCACAGCCGGGCAGUGAUGUCGCUCACACCAGCUCGUCAAGCGUGCAGAUAGCUGCUAAUAAUGACUCCCCGUUUGGUCGAGCUGCCUUCCACAAUCCAUCACCUCUGCAUCCAACGAGUGCAGUAGAUACACUGCGAGAACCAGGCUACGACCGCGACGAAGUCCUGUCAGCACAAACACGCUUGCCCUCACCGCUCACCAACAACCCUGACAUUUCACUACAGCCUGAGAUUUCAGGCUGUUUGACGCCCACAAAGAUCAAACCUGAACCUUCCAGAGAUGACACGCCUACUAUAGCAGACGACGAAACCCUGCGGACAGUCACAGAUCUACACAACGAGCACGGUCUAAGAGUUGGGAAUAAGGAUACCCCGACUACAAUACCAGACACAAAGCCAGCCAUGGCUUCCGCAACUUCCAAGAAACGACCGAAGUCGUCCAAGAAAGGACCUGGCAAGAGACCGUCAAAGAAGCAGAAACUCGAUGUUGACGGCGCCGGUACGAACAACAUCCCUCUCAGCCGUUCAGCGACGCCGUCCCGGGGAUUCAAGGGUGCCGCAGCCAAAAGCAACAAGACCUCUCAGGCUGGAACACCUGCCGGGGCUUCACCAGCAUCGUACUCGAACCAGCUCUCGUCCGACGUAGACGCAUCCGACACGACGGAGGACGACUUAAUAUACUGCAUAUGUCGCGGCAAAGAUGACCACACAUGGAUGGUCGGCUGCGAAGCAUGCGACGAGUGGUUCCACAGCCGCUGCGUCGAACUACGGAAAGAAGACCACGAACUCCUCCUGUACAAAUUCACUUGUCCCGCCUGCGAAGCCGAAGGCAAAGGUCACACCAUCUGGAAGCCCAUGUGUCGACGCGAGGGUUGUAAGCGGCCCGCAUAUGAAAACGAGAAGGGGGAGCGGAGCAAGUACUGCUCGGAAGCGUGCGGUAUCGAGUUCUUCAGCAACGUUGUCCGCGCCGUGAGCAGACUGCACGCCCCAAACACAGCGACGCAGAAGAAACGUGCCUUGGCAGCCAAGCGCAAGGGCAACGCGACAGAUGCACUCGAUUUCGACCUCGACAACUCAGACGACGAAUACGAAGCUCCACCGCGGGGAGGCGUCAUACGCGCCCGCGAUCUCAAAGCCCUAGUCACCUCCGUCCCAGACAUAUCCGAGUUCCAGCGCCUGGGCUCCGGCAUCCUGUCUCCUCCAGCCACACCAUCAGGUGCCAUGAACGACGCCAACGGAAAGGGAACUUCCGAAACAACAACAACCUACCCGCUCACCGCCCACGAGUCCACAAGAGUAUCCGAACUGCGCAGACAGCAAGCCAAGCUCACCAACGAAUCCUCCCGCCUCAAAGACCGCGAAAAGUUCAUCUCCAUGAUCCGCGAGCGCGCAAAUCAGUGGGCCGAAGGCGAGGGCAUCAAGACCAAAACCCAGAUCUGUGGCUGGGACACGAGGCUGCGCUGGAACGAGGCAGAAUUCGAGUUGUGGCGGAAUAACGCGUAUGGAAGGGCAUGUCUGGAUGGUAAUACAUGGGAUCCCUCCGCCGAGGACUUGGAACGGGCUCGCGUUGCUCAUGCGGCAGCUGUCAAGGUUGAUCAUCAUGGAGAUGUCGAUAUGACUGACGAUGACGGGGCUAAGCCUGCGGAUUCGCUAUCUCAGGAAUACUCUGAACCAAUGGACGAGUCGGCGUGGUGUCACAAGAAGCAGUGCACGCUUCAUCGCGGUUGGCAGAAGCUGCACACGCACGAACUCAGAUUCGAGCAAGGCGAGAUUGCACAAGGUAGGAAGAUUCUUGCGAAUGAGGAAAAGGAAAUCAGGGAGCGUGCUAUGGUGCGUUGGCGCAGGGAUAAGGUGGGCGAGGGGUUGGAUCGUGAGAGCAGUACCACUGAAAAGAGGAACCGUGAGGGAUGGGCAGAAGUCGUGGGAUAGUGAUUCAUUCUGGCAUUGGGUUAUAGCUAUUGCCUCAUGGAAUGCAUUGGUCUAUCGGGCUUGCCAUUUUGUGACAUUGCAAGAUUUUCAUUCUAUCUUUUUGUGACUCCAUACCGAGCCCUGCACCAAACUACAAGAAGACCUCGAGAUUGAUUUCCAGCGCGCUCACCGGGUAUCUAGAUUCUGGUCAGAUUUGGAGACUUUCAUGUGGAUGAUUCAAGAAAGGAACUUACGGCAAUUCAUAGUGCUUCAGCACACUGGGAUGCAAUAUCCCGAAGCUACCAAUGACAUGCUCCUUCCCACCCAGUCUCAAAUGGAUCUCAGCGCCAUGACC